AGUACAGUCGGCUCACUCCCGUACUGUACCUACAGCUGUACCGCACUGUAGCGGCGCGCCGGUCGCUUGUGGCCAAAGACCAGACUUCAAACUGGGUGACAGUCGGCGCUUGUAAUCUUUCAAGUUUCGCCUCCAUGUCGAGCGUGCAUUGAGGUGUGGAGUUGAUUUGGAAUAAUAUAUCGACAGAUGGCUGCACUUGCGGUGCCGAGAAGUGAUAACUUUCUACACACGUUUUUACAGGACCGGACCCCGAGUUCAUCUCCAGACAGUGGACCCUAUCCUUUGGCUUUCCUGGCUUCCACGUGUGGGCAAGUAAGACCGAUUGGGACCUCAUCCUCCGAGGUGCCUCAGUUUCCGUAUGACCCAGCUGUGGGGUCAACCGCUGGAAUGUUUCAGCUCUGGAGCAACGAGGUUCCUGCGAGCACGGGAAUUGGAUCCCACCAGAUGAACUUCAGCGUUCCCAAAAUCCAGUACCCAGGUCACAUGGCCGCCCACCAUGAACUUCCUCUAACCCCCCCGGCAGAACCCUCCUCAUACUCCUUCGAACUGUCUCCGGUCAAGGUACUGACAUCCCAGGUGCAGAACCCUUCAUACCAUUACCCCCAGACCAACCAGAACUUCUCCAACUUUCUCCAGAACCCGUCUGGCUUGCCUGGAAGGCAUCACCUGCACGGCGGGCAUGUGGAGGACGCCCAGCAGUGGUGGAGCCUCCAGCAAAGCAACGCCAACAAUGGUGGCCAUCCGUUCACCCUGGGGAGGCCCUUGGUUUUGGGUCACCAGCCCCAGAUUGCUGCCCUUCUCCAGGGCUCCUCCAAAAGCUUGCUGACCUCCACCAGAAGAUGUAGGAGGUGCAAGUGCCCCAAUUGCCAGUCCUCAAGCAGCGGGGGCAGCACAGACGAGCUGGGCAAGAAGAAGCUUCACAUCUGUCACAUCCCAGAGUGCGGCAAGGUCUACAAGAAGACAUCCCACCUUAAGGCUCACCUGCGCUGGCACGCCGGCGAAAGGCCCUUCAUCUGCAACUGGCUCUUCUGUGGGAAAAGCUUCACCCGGUCCGAUGAGCUUCAGCGCCACCUCAGGACUCACACCGGAGAGAAGAGGUUCAGCUGCCAGGAGUGCGGCAAGAGGUUCAUGAGGAGCGACCACCUCUCCAAACACAUCAAGACGCACCAGAACAAAAAGAGCAAACAGCCCGAAGGAGACGCCAUUCUCAGCAGCAUCAAGAAAGAGUAGAGCAGUCGGGGUUCCGGAGUUCUGACUGGCCACCUAAAGCCAGAAGUGUAUUUAUUCUGUCAAGCAUCCCUAUGCUCAGAAACUAAAGCUGUCCUUCAGAUUCUGGCAUUCUAACUGGCCACCUCUUCCAUGCCUUUUGGAAUUGGUAUGAUCAUUUCUGUGAAUGGAUUGCUUAGCAAGACACUUCGAUAUAGCGGACAAUAGGGGUCUUUCAGAAAAUUAACGUUCCAGAAAAGUAGUACUCUUUUUUUUUUAUUGUGUGCUGUUACAAUACACAAACUCUUUCCUGGGGAACAAAAUGUUCUUCAUCCAAACUGUUUAUUACUAGCAAUGCAGACUUCUAUGUUACAGCGUGUACUGUGAGUUUAAUACAUUAUUUAAGAAUAUGGUUUUUAAA